UGUGAUCAGAUAUUUUUGUUUUAGCAUCAAAAAAACAGAAAACCUUUACUCGUCAACAUGGUUGAGUGGACAGACAAAGAGCGUGCUGCCAUCAAGAGCGUGUGGGACAGUAUUGAUGCAAAAAAGGAUGGCGCCCAGGCUCUGAUAAGGGUUUUGAUUGUUUACCCGUGGACUAAGAGAUACUUCAAGGAAUUCGGCGACCUGUCCACCAACGCCGCCAUCGCCGCGAACGCCAAGGUUUCUGCGCAUGGCGCCAGAGUCCUGAGCGAGCUGGAAAAAGCCGUGAAUAACUUGGAUGACAUCAAGAAUACAUAUGCCAAGCUGAGUGUGAUACACUCUGAGAGGCUCCAUGUGGAUCCUGACAACUUCAGACUUCUUGCUGAGUGCAUCACAGUGGUUCUCGGAGCCAAGUUUGGCCCCUCCGUUUUCACCCCUGAUAUUCAGGAGGCCUGGCAGAAGUUCCUGUCUGUGGUGGUGUCUGCCCUGGGCAGACAGUACCACUAACCACUGAAGCUCCAAUGGUCACCAGCAAAUAAUGACCUUUAAUUGCAGUGUUGUCAAACACCAAAUAAAACACAACUGAAUACA